AACAUUGAAUUUUGGUUCAAAUGAAGAUUCACAAUUUACUCAAAAUUUUUAUACUCACAUUUUUCAUCAUCAAAUGUUCAAAAUCAACUGAUAUCCAACAGUUAGAGUGUCAGUUUACUGAUGGGUUGUGUAAUUGGCUGAAUCAAGAUGAAAAAUGGAAGCUCGGUGAUUAUACAAACGUUACCUUUGGAAGACCUGUUCGUCCUACAUCUAAAGGUGGCUAUGUUUAUGUUGAUGAUGGACCUAACCUAAAUGGUUACCAGAUUUUAUCUCCAAUCUUGGAUCAAGAUGUUAAACCAUUUUGUUUAUCGUUCAAUUAUUACAUGUUUGGACCUGAUGUUGGUCAACUAACGCUUAGGCUGAUCGAUGAUAAUGGAUCUGGUAAUCAAUGGGUUGAAGUAGAUAAUGACGUUUGGAACAGGAAAGGAUCACAAGAUGACGAUUGGUCUAUCGGAAGGUAUCAUUUCACAUCGAAGAGAAAGACUCAAGUCAGGCUUGCUUUUGUAGCUACAUCAAGCAACAUUGCUCUAGGACCGAUUAAGGUUAAUCCAGGAUCCUGUGAUUAUUCAAAUUUAUGUAACUUUGAAGACAUUUCUGUGUGCUUUUGGCUGAUUGAACCUGAUUACUCAAGCAAUUAUGCUUGGUUAAUAUCUGAUGGAAAAUCUUCUGAAGGAAGCUUCAUAUCUAAAGAUACUUCAACCCAAUCUGAAUCUGGUAAAUUUUUGAGGACUCCAAAUGAUGGUGCCAUUGAUAGUAAAAGUUUAUUUACCACCAAGAUUGUAUUGAAUUCAGAUGAAGCCAGAUGUAUGAGCUUCAACUUUUUCAAGCCAAAUAAGGAUUCAGACUUGGUCGAGAUAAAUCUGGUCAAUAAUCAAUCCACAAAAUACAUUUGGACGUCUGCUUCAAUCAAACCCAACUUGAAUUGGCAACCAGUUAGGAUAAGUUUACUUGAAGAUGGUGACUUCAACAUAUUCAUUUCUGCUCAUAAACAUUCAAAUGGAAACAAUACUUCCGUUGCUAUCGAUGAUAUUCAGAUUAAUCCGGAAUCGUGUAAAAAUCUAAUUGAUUGCUCCUUUGAUGGUACAAACUGUGCUUUAAGCAUCACAUCAGGACCACUUCUUAUCGGCUUUGGACGCCUGUCUAAUGCAGAAUCCUUGAAUUACACCAUGGAUUCUUUCAAAGAUAACGAUCCAAAUGAUUUUUUCAUUUACACAGACAUUCCAAUUUCAAAUCAGUCCAUUACUUAUUCAUUCUCUACUCCUGCAGUUCCUAGCACUGAUUUGGCCUGCUUAUCUUUCCUUUAUUUCAUGGAACCAAUCGAUUCGUUUGCCAACUAUUUCUUUGAAAUAAAUGUACAGUCGUCUUCAGGAUACAACCUUUUGAAAUAUGAACCUCAAGUAACCUUUGCAAAAUGGACUUCUGCUGAAUUCAUGUUAUCAACUAUUGAACUUUAUCAAAUCGAGUUUAGUUUAACAACAGAAUCUCGAUUAUUUGCUGCUUUUGAUGACAUCAAAUUAGUUGAAGGACAAUGUGGCCAGCAGCAUUCAGACGGACAUCCAUCGCCUAAAAUUUACAAAAAAGAUUCUUUCAGUGAUUUGUCCAAUUGGUCAAGACAUUAUUAUUGGAAUGUUAAAAAUUAUAAUUCUCAUGAAACUGGACUUCCGACUGCUGAUCCUUUUGGUGAAAGAAAUGGUACAUAUCUAGCAUUGACAAACACAGGAACUUUGUUGACAGGAAUUUUACAUUCACCUUAUUAUGAAAGUGGCUUCUAUUGUAUAUCGAUUUGGUAUUGGUGUAACUCAGAUUAUGGUCGUCUUUUUAUCGCUUCAACAUCAGGAAUGGAUCAAUCAGUUCCUAUUCUCAAUGAGUUUUGUGAUAAACAGAGAAAUUGGAAAUUACUUGAAGCAACUUUUACCAUGAAGGAAAAAUUUCAACUUAAAAUAAUUGGUGAGGUUAAAAUGGGUGAUAUUGCAUUGGAUGAAAUGACAGUCUUUAAUGGUCCUUGUUCCCAAAAUCAAGUCCUUGAUAAAACUUGUACGUUUGAUGAUGGAACUGAUUGUGGUAUUGAUGUUGUAGCAUCACCGUAUUACAAUUGGAGGAUUGAACCAGGUUCGCAGCUAUCGACACCCAUAGUUGAUAAAUCGACAGCUACUUUGAAUGGAAAAGCCUUGAGUCUCGAUUUGUUUCCUGUUCCUCAAAUUGACUCAACUUCAUAUUUCUUUUUGGCCAACCUGGUCAAAGAAGAUAGUUAUUGCAUUUCAUUUUCAUAUUACAUCCGAGGCCAUUGCCAUUUAGAUAUUUGGAAGACUGAGAGAGAUAAUAUUAAAGAUCUAUCCAAUCCUUUGGUGAAAUAUGAUAAUAAAUUUGAUUCAACUUGGACUAAAGUCAUCUUCCAGAUCGAUGGUGUCACAAAAGAGAGUGACAUUGUUUUUGGUGGAACCUAUUCCUCUGGUCAAACUGGUUUACUUGCUGUUGAUGAUUUAACAGUUUCAUUAGGAGAAUGUAUUGGAUCUUUUUUGUGUGACUUUGAUUCUACUUGUAAUUGGGACAAUCUGCCCAUAGGGACAACUAUACCUGUUGAUGGACUGGGAAUAUCAUAUAAAGUAACAACUCUUUGGCAAAUCAAUCCAGCUUCGUCAGCCAAGUCGCUCGGAUAUCCAAGAAAAGAUCACACAUAUGGCCCAUCAUGGAUGGAUCACGGCCAUGAUGGCAAUUAUGGAUAUACUUUAAUCAGUAAUGAAAAGGCAAUUUUAGCUUCUCCUGUAAUUUAUCUUGAUGGGAGUGAAACUAUUUGUCUUCAACUUGCCUAUGUCGCUGAAUCCCCUGGUAGUAUUGAAGUGUUGGUAGAGCAACGCGAAAACAAAGCUUAUAUCUUCAAAAAUUUACAAAGCGAAGACGUGAGAACAUGGAAAUAUUCUGAGCUUACUAUUCCGCUGAGAAAGAGCCAAACUCGAAUGGCUAAGGUUUAUAUCAUCUCUUCAUCUAAAGGUAAAUCUGCUGUCGAUGAUGUUCGUGUCUCUAGAGGUUCAUGUCCAGACGCAAUAGAAGUUUUUGAGUGUUUUGAUGGAACUAAGUUGCCUGUAACAAGUCGCUGCGAUUACGUUAAAGAUUGCAAAAGAGGAGAAGACGAACAAAAUUGUGGAAGUUGUGAAUUCAAUGGUGAUGCUUGUUAUUUCACGAGUUCGGGGCAAGCUUCUUGGGGCAUCAAGACCUCUUAUAUAGCCUUAGAUAAAAGCUCUAUCGGAGUUGACAUCAGAGGAUCUCUUGCUAGUCCAUUGAUUCAACGUACUUCAUCUUCAUGCAAACUAACCUUUGCCUACUCUAAACAUCAAUCUGACUAUUUGGAUGUUUCUCUUUUGAUGAAUUCACGGGAAAUUCAAAUUUGGAAAAGUAAUUUGAUUAAUGAAAAGACAGACUGGAACAUUGUGUCCAUCGAAUUGGGUCGAAUCCAAACUCCGUUCCAAGUUUUAUUUACAGGAAUAACUACUUUCAGAGUUUUCGAGUAUCAACAACUUUCAAUUGAUUAUGUUAGAUUUGUUGAUUGUGGAUACGAAAGUGACACUAAAGGUUCAAAUUUGUUUUCAUGUUCAAAUGGCCAGAAAAUCGCUUCAAAUCGAGUAUGUGAUGCUACCCUCGACUGUGAAAAGGGUGAAGACGAAGAGAACUGCGAUAAUCAAGUCUUUUCCUUUGAACACAAUGAAUUAUUUCCUUGGUUUAAUGCUGUCAAUGAAUCUAGUUUCAAAUAUGAAUGGAUCGUCACUUCAGGAGUAGGAACCAUUUCCACCAGACCAACCCUUGACCAUACAAGAAGGCUACCCAGUGGCUCAUAUGCAUUUUUAUAUGAAAAAAAUAGCCGAGACAAUAGCAAAAGUACGAAUUCGCUUAUGGGACCAGAGCUGAUCAAAACAGAAGAAUGCACAAUUAGUUUCUACUAUUACCUAUCAUCGAAAUCACCCAAUUCAACUCAAAUCAAUGUCUAUGCAAGCAACUCUCAUGAAAAGGUUCUUCUUAAAACAGUUUACGAUUCAUCAGAUUUUGGUUUCAAGCGUGAAAUGAUCGCCUUAGAUUCUGCUGCUAUUAAACCGCCUUUCAGAGUCUCAAUGGAAGGGAUUUUUGGUUCAAAUAAGGAAUCGUCUUUGAUAGCUGUUGAUGACAUCUCAUUUGACUCUGCUUGUUAUGGUAAAAGUAAAAGUAAACCUUCACCUAUUCCUCAACCUGAACCUACACCCAAACCUGAUAGCAAUUGUAAAGGAGAUGAAUUUUACUGCGAAGUGGAUGAAAAGUGCAUUGCUAUUGAGAAAACUUGUAAUUAUGUAAAUGACUGUUCUGAUGGAGCUGAUGAGAUGAAUUGUGGCUCUUGUGAUUUCAAUGAUGAUUUGUGUGGUUGGGUAAACGAAGGAUUAAAUCUUUGGUUACCAAUUAAUCGUUCAAUAGCUGAACAAGAAGGAUUCCCGAAACAAACCUCAAAUCCUGACAGAUUUUUGAUUGCUACAAGUUCACCAUCAGGUGGUUCAGCUUCAAUUAGAUCACCAUUGUUAGGAAAGACAAGUUCAAUUUGUUUGUUCAAAUUUAAAUAUCAUCUUUCAGAUCAAACCAAACUAAGUGUUAGAAUAAGACAAGAAAAUUCUUUGGUAUCCAAAACGGUUGAGGAAUUAUUGCAUAAGGGACCAGAUUCUCCUGAGUGGGCUGAUGGUCAAUUGGAAUUGAGUUCCCUUGAGUAUAAUCAUUAUAUUCAAUUCGUUCUCGACUCUCGGCCUUCUGAUCGAUUCUUUUUGUCCACUGGUUUAAGUAACUUCAACCUUUUAUAUUGUGACCCCAGUAAAGUCAAUUUUGAUGCAUUUAACUGUGAUUUUGAUACAAACACUUGUGGCUGGACUGAUGCAGGCUCCAAGGAUCUCUCCUGGAAGCUGAUAACUAACACUAGUUUCAUUGACGAUGGAACAACAAAAUUUGGUUUUGGUAAAUACAGUAAUCAAGAGCAUCCAUCUUUCAUCAAUCUUGAUAUUUAUCAUGACCAUCAAGUAAAUUUGAUCCGAACUUUAACUUCACCAUGGCAAUAUGCUACCAAUGUAUUCUGUUUCUCAUUCGACUAUCGUUUAUUAGCAUUUGCUGAAACAUCGCUCAGUCUAGUCAUUGAAAGUCCGGGUGGUAUAAUGAGAAGCUUGUUCAUGACCAACAGUCAACCCAAUUAUGGAUGGAAUCAGGCAAAAGUAACAAUUAAAAAUGUCAACGAAUUUCGGCUAACUUUUAAGGUUGAAAUGGGUUCAAAUGCAGGAGAUAAUGUCAUUUCUCUGGAUAACUUCAAACUUUCAACCGAAUCAUGUGCUUUCCAUCAAGCUUCUUGUGACUUCUCAACUGGUACAUGUGAUUGGAUGAACCAGGGCUGGACAUUUGUACAAAAACAAAUCGUAGAGUCGGCUGAUGGACAAACAAGAAACUAUUUUUUACGAAACACCGGGAAUAAAGGAGCGAAAUUGACAUUGAAUGGUUUCGGUGAAGUCGAAUCUUCUAAAUGUCUAUCUUUUUGGUAUUCUCAUACACUUAAUGUCUCUUCUGAGCUGAAGAUUGAUUCAAUUAAAGGAGAUAAAAUUGUUUCCUCUGAAAUUGUUCCCUCUCAUGAGAUUGCCAAUGUUUGGAGUUAUUAUGCGUCUUCUGUAGUGAUUAAAAAGGAUUAUCAAAUUUCCAUUGAAGCUAAACCACUGGGAUCUUUUGAUUCAGUUUAUCUUGAUGAUAUUACAUUGUACAAUGAACCUUGUGGUUAUCCAGGAAACUGUGAUUUUGAUUUUGAUUCAUGUGGUUGGCAAAACAAAAAUCAAGCUAAAUGGAGACGCAACAUUGGAGUGACUCCAUCAACGGAUAACUCAUUGGCUGACCAGUUAGAUUUUGCCGAAAGAGGUUGGUUUUUGUUUGUCCGAAUGAGCGAGUUAGUCCAUGGAAAUUUGGCAACAUUAGAAAGUAGAAGGUUAACCCAAACUCCUCCAGUCUGUUUAACAUUCAAUUAUCUCUUCACUUCUGGUCAACCCAAUGAAGCCAAAAUUACAAUCAAAGCUGUUGAUGUACAAAAGGAUUCAUCUACAAAAAUAGAUGACAUAGUUGAUGAUGGUACAAUCAAAUGGAUGAAUUAUGAAAAGACAAUCAGAUCAGGUUAUGAAUUUAAAAUUUUGUUGAUAGCAUCUGCAAGGGCCAAUGCAUCUGGUGAUAUAGCGAUUGAUGAUAUUAAAUUUACUCCUGGAAAAUGUGCAAAUGAUAUCGAAACAACUACGGUACAAUUAACUACCCAUCAAACAACUGUAACCACCGAGGCUACUCCAGAUCCCAUUACGGUCACUCCUUCGCCAAUUACAAUUCCAGACGAUACCAAACCCAAUUCAACUUCAAGUCAAGCGCUUCCGUACGCAACAGCUAAUGCUUUAUUUUUCCUUAUGAAACAAAAUGCACAUACGAUUGUUGGGAUUAUGGCUGUUGCUUGUAUGAUACUUUUACCAAUGGCAUUUGUUGUUCGUCAUCUAAUGAAACCAAAAUCUUAUCAACCUGAUACUAAUAUUGCUAUGAAUAACAAAGUUUAUGAUAUCUAUUCGGGUUCUGGUCAUUCGUCUAUGGAUGAUGAGAUGUAUGAUAAUAUUGACAAUGCAUUGAGUUCAUCUUUAAAAUUUGAGAUGAGGAAAAUCGCUGAAAGUGAAGGACUUUGAUAUUAUUGUAAAAUUGUAAAAAUGUAAAGCAAAAAUCGAAAAAUUUCCGUUCUCAUGUCAUAUAUUACUUCUGGCACUUCUUGCUGGGACAUUUUAAACCUUUUCCAGUUGAUGAAGAAUAAAAAUUUUACCAAAUUUGACUUUGGAAGGGCAAAGAAUAUAAUCAAAUGCAAUUCAACUUCACUCUAUUGGUGACCAUUCAGCUGAUCCAGCAGAUAUUAACCUUCUUAAAUCACUCCUUACAUCAGUUCCCAACAUCUAUGAUCACAUAAUUGAGGACAAAACUUUUGACCAUUUGGACUAUUUCCUGUCUAAACACACUGAAACUUUGGUAAUGGUUAGUUACUAACGAAAGCAACCAACGAGUCUCCGAACUUUUGAUCGCCAACUUGCCCAUUUCAUGGUUUUAAUUUGGAUCUAACAGUAAAUUUUUUUCUUUGCAUCGUUAUUUUUUUACUGACUGUAGCCUAAUUUAUUAUCUCCAUUAAACGUAAAAAGUGACAAAACAAA